CGGUUCUCCCCUCAUGGGCUCGACACCGAGACAUCGAUAACCUCCCCAUCUUUCCCACCGACUAUACACGGUACUUGAUACCCCGGGUCUUCCUCGGCGCCACUAGGCCGCAUUGUAAUUGCUAUACCCCCGCUGUUUCGAGCACCAUCUGUCCAUCAUGACGGUCUUCAUCGCUUCUCUUUUCCUUCCCAAAACCGUUCAUUUCACUCUCCCCGGCGCGCCACGGCGCGGCUCGGCUUCCGAGAAGAAGCAACCGAAACCGGUGAAGCUCGAGACACAGCCGAGCCUGUUUCAGCCGAACGACAUCACUCCCCCGAUCACACCGACCGAUGAGAAGAAACAAGCUGCUGGCCCCUUCGCAAACGAAGAUGGCCUGCGCGUGCACGUCACGGGCACCGAUCCCGAUACCGACACGCUCCGCGCCCCCGCCGACCGCAGCUCCCCGACCUGGGGCGGCCGUCCGGACCAGCCCAGGUCGCGUGCAAACUCCCCACCUCCCCCGUCGCUGAUCAAUCCGAGCCGGUCCCUUCAGCAGAAGGCGAAAGAACUGGGCCGCCAGGGCGUGAGCCAGCCGCGGUCGUUGGCUAGGAGCGACAGCCACGACCGUGUCUUUGCCCAUGCCGACUGGAGGAUUGUCAACGCGGAUCAGGGCAACGGCGGCCUGCGCAACGCGGUCGAAGCCGCCGCCAGGGAGGGCAAGCUCGGCGACUACAUCUGGGUCGGGACCCUCGGCAUGCCGACCGACGCCCUCCACGGCACCCAGCAGCUGCAGGACAUCGAGGACAGGCUCGCCACCGAACACGACAUGCUCGCCGUCAUCUGCUCCGACAAGGACUUUGACGGCCACUACUCGCACUUUUGCAAGCAGAUCCUCUGGCCCGUCUUCCACUACCAGAUCCCCGACAACCCCAAGAGCAAGGCCUACGAGGACCACUCGUGGAAGUACUACGUCAACGUCAACCAGGCCUUCGCCGACAAGAUUGUCAAGAACUGGAAGCGCGGCGACGUCAUCUGGGUGCACGACUACCACCUCCUCCUCGUGCCCGCCAUGGUUCGCAAGAAGAUCCCGGAGGCCAAGAUCGGCUUCUUCCUGCACGUCGCCUUCCCCUCCUCCGAGGUGUUCCGGUGCCUGGCCGUCCGGAAGCAACUGCUCGAGGGCAUGGUGGGCGCCAACCUGAUCGGCUUCCAGAUCCACGAGUACACCCGGCACUUCCUCCAGACCUGCAGCCGCAUUCUCAACGCCGAGGCGACCCCCGAGGGCGUCCAGCUCGAGGACCGCUUCGUCGACGUCAUCAACCUGCCCAUCGGCAUCGACCCGGUGAGCCUCAGCCAGCACCGCGAGGAGCCCGAGGUCCAGAGGUGGCUGGACAUCAUGCGCGAACGCUACGCCGGCAAGAAGCUCAUCGUCGCCCGCGACAAGCUCGACCACGUCCGCGGAGUCCGGCAGAAGCUGCUCUCGUACGAGCUCUUCCUCAACGCCAACCCCGAGUGGCGCGACAAGGUCGUCCUGAUUCAGGUUGCCCUCUCGACCAGCGAGAAGAGCGAACUGGAUGCCGCCGUUAGUGAUAUCGUCACCCGCGUCAACUCGUCCUGGGCGAACCUGGCCUACCAGCCGGUCGUCUACCUGAAGCAGGACAUCGACUACGCCCAGUACCUGGCCCUGCUGAGCAUCGCCGACGCCCUCAUGAUCACCAGCCAGCGCGAGGGCAUGAACCUGACGUCCCACGAGUACCUCUACUGCCAGGACGGCAAGUUCAGCGAGAAGAAGCACGGCUCCCUCAUCCUGUCCGAGUUCACCGGCACCUCGUCCCUCUUUGGCGGCAACGAGCUGUCGGUCAACCCAUGGGACUACCGCGCCUGCGCCAACGCCAUCAAGAGGGCGCUCGAGAUGGGCGACGAUGAGAAGGAGCAGCGCUGGUCCAAGCUGGUCGAGUGCGUCAACCACCACACCGGCGCCCACUGGUUCACCGAGUUCAUGGCCCGCCUCGACCUCGUCUACGAGGAGCAGCACCGCCGCGACCAGACCUCGGUCCCGCGCCUGUCCAUCCCACACCUCGUCCAGCAGUACACCCGCAGCGAGCGCCGUCUCUUCAUCCUCGACUUCGAGGGCACCCUGGUUAGCUGGGGCCCGGUCAACAAGAUCAUUCCCGUCAGCCCCCAGCGCACUCUGGAUGUCUUGAACGAUCUGCUGCUCGACGAGCGCAACACCAUCUACGUCAUGUCGGGCCGCCGCCCCGAGGAGCUCGAUCGGCUAUUCCGCCGCGUCCCGAACCUGGGUCUCGUUGCCGAGAAUGGCUGUUUCCUCCGGGACUGCGGCAGCACCGAGUGGACCGAAAUGGCCGACUCGGAGCAGAUCCGCUCCUGGAAGGACGCGGUCCGGCCCAUCCUGACAUACUACCUGGAGCGCACGCCGGGCGCCGAGAUCGAGGACCGGCGGUGCUCCCUCUUCUUCCACUACAAGUCGGCCGAGGACUACGAGGCCGCCCUGCGCCAGGCGAGCGAUUGCGCUAGUCACAUCAACGACGCCUGCGAGGAGCAGCGCGUCCACGCCAUCCCCCUCGACGGCAGCGUGCUCGUGGAGCCCAUCGACUGGACCAAGACCACCGCCGCGCAAAAGAUCUUUGCCGAUCUCCGGGCCGGCAUGGCCCCCGACGAGAAGCACAACUCCCCCGUCGACUUCCUCAUGGUUGUCGGCGACGGCCGCGAGGACGAGAAGGUCUUCAAGUGGGCCAACACCCUCGGCGAGGAGGGUGUCGUGAAGGAGGUCGUCACUGUCAGCCUGGGCACUGCCAGGAACACCGAGGCGGCCUCGACGCUGACCCAGGGCGUUAGCGGCGUCCUGAUUACACUCCAGAAACUGGCGUCCAUAGCGUAAGCAUGUGCAUUGCAUUGCGUUGCGUUGCUUUGCUUUGCUUUGCGUUUGCUUUGCUUUGCCGUCAAGUUGUGUUGCUGCUGUUUUUCUUCCAAUGAAAAAAAAAAAAAAAAAAGCUAGGCACACACGGCUUACCAACCUGACACUCUGCUUGCAGGUCUACGGUUCCACUACGCCAUCGGCGGAAGAGCUCGGUGCGAGGUCCAAUCCACUACAAGUGGACUUCAUGAUGGAUGAUACU